UCUAAUAAACUAGCAUGGACUCAUCCUACCUUAGACUUUUCAAUCUUCUACAAAGAUAAUGAAUUCAAAAUUCCAACUCCAAUUAAAUUUCUUCAUGAACUUGCUGAUUCUGUUGAAAAACAAUUUAUAGAAAUCAACAAAACUGAUCAUAAUAUUAAUCAUCAAACCUAUUAG